GCUGAGUCUAACAAAUGAGCAAUCACACGGAGGGGUUAAUAUUCGGUUGAAACAACAUCAAAUCCCCUACGGUCGGACGAAAGCAUACAGCCCAAUUUUGUGUCUUCUUUUUCGGAGUGACUGCUAUCUACUACUGAAAGGGUGUACUUGGUUCUAACGGGCUUCGUCGUUUUUGAAGGGGUUUCAGACGUGAAUUCUACGGUGCCUUCGAAGCAGAAAUGGAAGACCAGAUGCCGUGUUUGCGGGCGGCAAGACAUUUGGUCAUGGUCUGGGCUGUCCUCCUCUUCGUCAUCACAACAUUGAGGGCAGCAGAGGAAGCCGACAUCACUUCCAUCUUCCCGAAAUGCAAAGAAGAAGUUGAGACCACGGAUAUCGAGGGUUUGAUCGACACAAAUCCCUGCAUGUUCCAGUGUCCUCCCACCGUCAAAAUGGUCUGUUCCAAUGAUGGCAUGAGCCACAUGAACGACUGUUUCCUGUGCAAGAGCGCCUGCAAUGACCCCAGCCGACCCAUCUUCAAAGUGUGCGACGGGCGGUGCCCCUGCAAGGGCAAGCCUCACGACGAGGAUAUGGAAGCAUCCGAAGAUUGUGUGGAUGGAGCCUGUAAGACGGAUGCUAAGGAUCACUACGCCGAAGACUACGGGUACGACGUGGAGAACCCUGAAGCCAAGUACACUUCGCCGGUCUACACGGAGGGCACAACCGACGAUGUCCUGCACGAAUCCAAGGGGUACGCGGCCGACCCGGACGGGGCUGAUGAAGAGGAAGAAGAAGAAGACGAAGAAGAAGAAGGAGAAGACGGUGAUGAUGAUCUUGAAGACGGCCAAGAAGUUGAUUUGGAAGACGGCCAAGAAAUGGAGUUGGAAGACGGCCAAGAAGUGGUUUUGGAAGAUGGGGAAAUAGUGGUGGACGAAUAGCAUCACGAAGGUCGGCGCUGUCUCGUCGGUGGGGGCGCUCUUUUGCGACUGUCCUCUUUUUUGUACGCGUUUCAUUUAGUUUCCAUGGAACUGAAAAUUACUGAUUAAUGAAUUAAGACAUUUUCUAGGGAACUCGGUAGAAAGAAAAAAAGUGGUAGACUGAAAAAAAAACACCGGGUUCAUCGUUGUCUCGUUGUUGGGGCCGCUAGUUUGUCCUUUGGGUUUUUUUAACCGACAUUUUCCACACGCCGCCACAGAAACGCCGUUUCACCUUUAUUUUUGUUUUUGGGAAGAUGACCUCUACAUGAACCCGAGAAACUAUUAUCAGACGGUAAAGUCAACUAAUCAGUGGUCGUGACCAUGAUACCGCUACUUAUAUCAUCACGUACUAUUUUGUUUUAAUUUACAUAGGGUUUAGCGGACUAUAUCUGAUCAGAUAUCAAAACAGUGGAUGUAAACUACUAGACUGUGUAGUGUUUUUCAACACGAGCCUAUUGUCAAUUUGUUGGAGUUCUUUAGUAGUAAAAUUGUUGUAGACAUGCAUCAGAGAUUGUUGAAGUAUGA